AUGUUUAUACAAACUGUUAACUUGCUAAUAGACAACUCCAUAUUACAUCUAUUUGUUAAGAUUUCAGACAAUGUAAAUACUUUUAAUAGUCAUAUCUUUUCUACACAAAAAGCUAAUUUGUGCAGUAUAAAACCAUCAUCAUCAUCAUCAUCAUCAUCAUCAUCAUCAUCAUCAUCAUCAUCAUCAUCAUCAUCAUCAUCAUCAUCAUCAUCAUCAUCAUCAUCAUCAUCAUCAUCAUCAUCAUCAUCAUCAUCAUCAUCAUCAUCAUCAUCAUCAUCAUCAUCAUCAUCAUCAUCAUCAUCAUCAUCAUCAUCAUCAUCAUCAUCAUCAUCAUCAUCAUCAUCAUCAUCAUCAUCAUCAUCAUCAUCAUCAUCAUCAUCAUCAUCAUCAUCAUCAUCAUCAUCAUCAUCAUCAUCAUCAUCAUCAUCAUCAUCAUCAUCAUCAUCAUCAUCAUCAUCAUCAUCAUCAUCAUCAUCAUCAUCAUCAUCAUCAUCAUCAUCAUCAUCAUCAUCAUCAUCAUCAUCAUCAUCAUCAUCAUCAUCAUCAUCAUCAUCAUCAUCAUCAUCAUCAUCAUCAUCAUCAUCAUUAUCACCGUCAUCACCGUUGUCAUUGCUAAUAAUCAUAACAUACUAUACUGACAACAAGUUCAUCUGA